AUGUUACGAUAUAAUCUAUUAUCAAUAUAUCGUCCAUAUGUUAUUAAUACAUUAAUUAGACGAACAUUAUUCGGUCGAGCGAGUUCAACGAAAAAAAUAAAAGAUGAUUUCGAUGAAGCAAUUAUUGAACAACCAGAUGCUGUACCACAAUCGGCUGUUCCAACUGUUACGGAAUUAGCAUCAUAUAAAACGAAAAAAUAUCUUACACGUUUAGUUACUUGUCGUCCAUA